AUGAAUAUGACCAAUUCAAAUUUCAGCUUGAUUCUCACUGCAUAUGGACCUCCAGGACCACUGAAUUAUGGAGUUUUCCUUGUUACACUUGUACUUUACCUUGCCACAGUAUUUUCAAAUUUGACUUUAAUGUUGGUCAUCUUAUUUGAUCCAAGUCUCCAUAAGCCAAUGUACAUAUUUCUGUUCAACCUGGCAAUUGAUGGGUUGAUUGGGAGCUCUGUUGUCUGUCCUGUAAUUAUGCAAUAUCUUCUUGAGGACUUGAAGACAAUGUCCCUCACAAGUUGCUUACUCCAAGUGUUUUUUAUAAAUGUGUAUGGAUCUUGGGUGUAUGCAAUGUUAACUGUGAUGGCAUAUGACAGAUAUGUUUGCAUUUGUAAGCCAUUGCAGUAUCAUAGUAUCAUGACUCCAACUAAAGUCAGACUUCUUCUUGGUGUGGUGUAUAUUUUCCCUUUAUGUUCUUUUGCUGUACAGGUCUGUCUCACUUCAAGGUUACCUAUGUGUAAGUAUACAAUGAAUAAGCUUUUCUGUGAUAAUUUGGCAGUGGUCAAUCUAGCCUGCAUAAAACCUGCUCUUGACAAUGUGUAUGGUUUAUUGCUGUUUGUUAUGUUUGCUGUUCUUCCUCUCUUGUUAGUUGUACUAUCAUAUAUCAGAAUAUUAAUUGUAAGUACUAAAGCAUCAGAAAAUGCUAAAACGAAAGCACUGAAAAUAUGCGCACCUCAUUUAAUAACUUUCAUUAAUUUCUCCUCUGCCAUCUUUUUUUCUAUUGUGUUUAAUCGUUUCAAUGACUAUGUGCCAAAUGAGAUAAAUGUGUUCAUUUCAUUGCAUGUUUUUAUGAGUCCACCCCUUCUACAUCCACUCAUCUAUGGCAUAAGAACACAGGAGAUCAGAAAAAGUAUUACGAAGAUUCUGAGGAGAAAUGUUUUUGCCUUAGAUUUCCAACCAGCCUGA